ACCCGCCGCCCGCCCAGCCCCAGGGCAACGCCGCCGGGCAGCAAUUAUUUUACGUUAAGAUGCCGUCAGUCAGCGAUUUGAAAGAGGUCAGUUCUUUUAAUGCUUUCCUGCUGCCAGACUUACCGAGUGGACCGCUCUGUACUUACCGAAAGAAAGCAUCCUUCAAUUGGAAGGAGAUGGCAAUGUUCAUUGAGGAUGAAGACCUGAUUCAGUUCAAGAACCGAGUAUUCACAGCUUUUGAACACGAUCCACUCUUUGCUCGUCUCCCUGGGGAAGAAUUAUCCCUUGAGAAAUAUCGAGAGCUAACCUUCCUGCGCUGCAAGAGGCUUUUUGAAUACGAUUUCCUGAGACUGGAAGACAUCCUGGAGAAACCAUUAAAGAUCAUGGUGCUGAUUACCUGUCUGGGGAUGUAUGACUGGUCACUUGGAGCCAAAUAUUUGCUGAACUCCCAGGUGUUCAAAAGUGCAAUUGAGAGUUCGGGCUCAGAAAGACAUGAAGAAUUUCUUAAACAAAACGAGAACAUGGAGAUUUUUGGAUGUUUUGCUCUGACUGAACUCAGCCAUGGCAGCAAUACCAAGAAUAUGCGGACUGUAGCUAAAUAUGACCCCUCGACUCAGGAAUUUGUCAUUCACUCACCUGAUUUCGAAGCUGCCAAGUUCUGGAUCGGCAACUUGGGAAAGAAUGCCACGCACGCUGUCGUUUAUGCCCAGCUGCAUACCCCAGAUGGCCAGUGCCAUGGACUGCAUUCUUUUGUUGUACAGGUUCGCGAUCCACAGACCCUGCUUCCCAUGCCUGGGGUGCUGGUGGGGGAUAUAGGCCGGAAGCUGGGACAGAAUGGUCUAGAUAACGGGUUUGUGAUGUUCCACAAUGUCAGGAUCCCCAAGGCAAACUUGCUAAACCGAACUGGAGAUAUCACAGCAGAGGGAACCUACUCCAGUGCAUACAAGGACCUCAAGCAGCGUUUGGGGGCUUCCCUUGGUGCUUUGUCCAGCGGAAGAGUUAUGAUCAUAGCCAUGUCCGUGGUCAACUUAAAGCUUGCUGUGUCCAUAGCGAUUCGUUUCUCAGCUACUCGGCAUCAGUUUGGACCAACCGAUGAGAAAGAGAUUCCCGUUCUUGAAUAUCAAAUGCAGCAAUGGCGGUUGAUUCCUUAUUUAGCAGCUGUCUAUGCCUUGGACUAUUUCUCUAAGUCAUUAUUUAUGAACUACAUUGAAUUCCACAUCGGCCUUCUAAUGAAGGACAAGAGUCCACGACAGGCUGAACUUGGGCGCGAGAUACAUGCCUUAUCUACUUCGGGCAAGCCGCUGUCCUCCUGGCUCGCACAGCAGGGAGCUCAAGAAUGCCGAGAAGCCUGUGGGGGCCAUGGCUAUUUGGCCAUGAACCGUCUUGGUGAGAUCCGUAACGACAACGACCCAAACUGCACGUAUGAAGGAGACAAUAAUGUUCUGCUGCAGCAAACCAGCAACUACCUGCUCAGCUGGAUGAGUGCCAGGCGCCAGGACAGAGGUCCCCUGACAUCACCACUGGGUUCUUUGGAUUAUUUGGAAGGCUACAGCCAGAUUCUUCGCCAGAAAUUCACAGCGACAGAUGUUCAUGACUGCAUGGAUUCCUCAGUUCCUCUAUCAGCAUACAAGUGGCUGGUUUGUUACUUGCUGCAAGAGAGUUUCCAAAAGCUGAGAGACCAGGAACAAUCUGGCUGUACUGAGUUUGAGGCCAGGAACAACAGCCAGGUGUACUACUGCCGUUCCUUAGCGAUAGCAUUCAUUGAACACACUGUUUUGCAAAGAUACCAUGACUAUGUCCAUGGGGCCGACACCCCAGCUCCUCUCCAGCAGGUACUGAAGCGCCUGUGUUCACUGUAUGGACUGUGGUCUUUAAAUAAGCACAUGGCUGUGCUUUACCAAGGUGGCUUCGCUUCAGGUGAGAAGGCGGGCAGACUGGUGCAAGAUGCCAUUCUGGAACUUUGCUCAAAGCUGAAGGAUGACGCGGUUGCCUUGGUGGAUGUUGUUGCUCCUCCUGACUUCAUUCUCAACUCCCCCAUUGGCCGAGCAGAUGGAGAGCUGUAUAAGAACCUGUGGAGCUCCGUCCUCCAGGGCAGCAAAGUGCUGGAGAGGCCGUCUUGGUGGCCAGAGUUUUGUGCCAAUAAACCUGUUGUGGGUAGACUGAGGUCACGAAUGUGAAUUUCACAACCAAGGUAGGGUUGGGAUGAUGUACCCUAUUAUGAGCUAAGGAAAUCAUGUUUUUCGAUGCUGCAAAUGAUGGGAUUUUUUGUGAAGGAAGUGCCACAUGGCACAAAAUUUGGAAACGGCAUCCAAUUCCAUACCCAAGGCCGAGGGCAUAUUCAUAUCGAGACCAGCACAGACCAGUUCCUGCCCAGUUCUCACUUGUGUGGCUCAUUCAAGGCACGUGGGAACAAGAUCCUUCUGACUCUUGAAUAUUACUUCCCAUUCUGUUCAUGAGAGCUGGCGGCUGAAAUGGAAUGUCUGGCUUUGUGAACAGAAACUCAACAGGAAACUCAAGGUGGGAAAAUAAUUGUAGCAAGAAGAAAGAAAAUUAUGUCCAUGCAAGGCUAACCAAGAUUCUCUGUUGCUAUUAAUUCCAAGAGUUCUGUCGGAGUCUCUGAAGUGUCCUGUUAUGGUUACUGGGCAGAAAUGUUUAUGUCAUCUCAGGAUUUGGUGCACAGAGUUCGUGUAAGAUGAGAACUUUCAGAUUUUGAUUGUCAUGUUUAUGCCUCUCUAAGGCAACUGAUUCUGUAUUCUUUCGUUUAAAGUGUAUUUAACUGAUGGCAGUGAAAAUGUUGAAUUCUACACAACCUCUCCCAUAUUCUGCAUUGUCUCUGUCUUUUUAGUUUAAGUGAAAGCAGAUGUCUUAACCAGAUGCCUCAAGCAGCUGUUUCCAGAAGUUUCAUUUUUAUUCAGUGAAAUAAUGUUAUAAUAUGAUAGGUUAUAAAAUAAAAUUCUUCCACCUGCUA